AUGUCUAUCAGAUUAGUUGGUCGCUCUUUAAGGGUAGUGAACAGAUCUUACCAGAAGCAAUUGUUUGGGCUUUCUAAGCGAGUAGCUUUUGCCACCCUAUUGGCUCGUUCUUUCCAUGCCAAUAGAAUUGUCUUCAACGAGAGCAAGGAGAAGGUGUCAAAUAUUAUUAAGAGUGAAUUAGAAUUUGAGCAAGACGACAGUUUUGGUCUUGAAGAAUACCACCAGAACUACUUGAAGGAGUCCGGAUUCCAGUUAGCCGACGUUGGAGAGAGCAUUCUCAAACAAUUAGUCAAAGAGACUGACUCAGAGGUGAUCAGAGUGUAUUUUGAUGUUGCUCAAGUCACCAAUGAACAAGAGUUGGCCAACCAAAUGGACCCUGAGAUCGAUGAUCAGGAUCCCGAAGAGCUGUUGGAUUUGGGCGGCAUUGUUAGCGUUAACGCUGUUAUAACUAAGAAGGCAGACAACUCUGCUGUUGGCGUCGACCUAUUGCUGUCUUCUCAGACCAAUGAAUUUUCCGUGAACGGAAUCACCUACUUCAAGGACGGCGAACUUGCCAUCACUGAAACUGCUGAGGCUAACAACUUGAGACAACUCAAAUACUCUGGACCUCCUUUUAACAACCUGGCUGAUGAGUUGCAAGAGGCUGUCCAAGGAUACCUCCUAUCCCGUGGCAUUGACACCCAGCUAGGUGAUUUCAUCGUUGCUCUGUCUACAGUCAAGGAGAAUGAGGCUUACCUCAGCUGGUUGUCGGAUUUGAAGAAGUUCUUUUCUUAA